CGCGUGCACGAUGUGUCACCUGAAGCUGCCCGUGUUCCUUCUCGUGCCUCUCGUGCUGCUGCGCUGUGUCGCCACCGCCCCUAGCAACAGGUACUUCACCUCAUCUAGUGAGCAGGAAAGCGCGCUCCCGGACAGAGAAGGCUGGCUCGUGCCCGGGAUCGUCUCCAACCCCUUCCUCGGCCUCAUUUCCGCACGACUACAGAGAGGGCUCACAUCUGCCAACAGCCACCACAUAGAGAAAAGGAAGUGCAACACAGCUACCUGUGUGACCCAGCGACUGGCCGACUUCCUGACCCGCUCCAGCAACACCAUCGGCACGGUGUACGCCCCCACCAACGUAGGCUCCAACACCUACGGGAAACGGGAUCUACUGCAGCCGCCCGGCUAUCUGCCUCUCUAGUCAUGCACGGGUGGAAGCCCACAGAUGGAGGAUAUGCUCAGCUGAAAUGACCACACCACCAUGUAUAGGCCGAUGUAUACGUUUCAAAACAACAACGAUGGUUAUGAAUCAUUAACUCGAGUUUUUUGGUUCUUUUAUAAACUUCAGAAGAGAAAAAAACAGUGCCUUUUGGUGUAGAAUAAUAACAAAGAAGUAUUUGUUACACAAAUCAAACUAGAGGCGGAUGAGAUACUUGUCUCUGUUCUGUGACCCCAACAGGUUCGACACCACAAUUGCAUGUGAAUAAAAUGUCAUGUAAAAAAAAAGUAAAAAAAGUAAACAGGUGCAUAAGGAA